AGAGGAAUCUCUCUCUGAAAAUUCCCAACUCCAUUUCUCUCGCUCUCUCUGUUAGCCGUUAAGAGGUUAUCAGUUUACCCUCCAUUUUCAUAACAUUCCCAAUUCAACUCCCUCAGUGUUUUUUUGUGUUAUAUUCAAUGUCCCAUUCAAAGUUUUGGCCUUUCCCCAUUAUUAUGAUCCUUUUAUCAAAUUGAUCUCUCUUUCUGUGCAACAAGUUGCUAUGUUUCUUCACAUCUUACAAUGGUGGAUUCCACUUCUUUCUCUUCCAUUGCCACCGCCAACUAUUAGGGGUAUGUAGAUUGGCAACAACAUCAGUGAAUUGGUGACAUUGCAAAUGGAGCAACCACGGCGUUGGCAUGACGUUUUCUGGUUAGGGAUAUUCAUGGUCCAUUUGAUUGGUUUGGGUUUGGUUCUUGGGGUGUUAGGUCUCAACAGGUUCAAGCAAAAGAACAGGCUUGACAUUGAUAAGUACACUUACCGGUUCAUGGAGAAUGAGGCUGGUUUGACAGAGGAUUACUGGCCGUUUUAUGCGGUGGCCGGAGGCGUUGGAACCGCCCUUGGAUGGAGUUGGUUGUUGCUGUUAGGCACACGCGCCACCCAGAUGAUGAAGGUGUCUGUGCACAUACUCACCACUUAUCUUGCUGUGAUCAGUGUUUUGUGUUUUUGGGCUGAGCAGUUUUUUUGGGGUGUUGCCUUUGCAAUUGGGGCAGCCCUGCAGUUCUUGUAUGUGAUUUCUGUCAUAGACAGACUUCCAUUUACGAUGUUGGUUCUUCAAAAAGCUGUCAAGAUGGUUUGGAAUCUUCCUGAGGUUAUGAGAGUGGCAUAUGCUUUUAUGCUUAUCGUGCUUUUAUGGUUGGCCUUAUGGUCAUUUGGAGCUGCUGGUGUUGUUGCUUCAAGCAUAGGUGACGGUGGACGCUGGUGGCUUCUUGUGGUCCUCUCUAUAAGCUUAUUUUGGACAGGUGCUGUUUUCUGCAAUACUGUGCACGUGAUAGUGUCUGGGACGGUGGUUCUUGUUAGUAUCAAUGGUGGUAGAGAUGCUCAGUCAAUCCCCACCAACUCCUUAAUGAAAUCUUUACAGUAUGCAUUAACAACAUCUUUUGGAAGCAUUUGUUAUGGAUCAUUAUUCACAGCUGCAAUUAGGACUCUGCGAUGGGAGAUAAGAGGAAUCCGGUCAAAGAUAGGCAACAAUGAGUGUUUACUUUGUUGUGUUGAUUUCCUUUUCCAUCUUGUGGAGACUCUUGUCCGUUUCUUUAACAAGUAUGCUUAUGUUCAGAUUGCUGUUUAUGGUAAAAGCUUUAACCGUUCUGCUAGAGAUGCCUGGGAGUUAUUCCAAUCAACUGGAGUUGAAGCACUUGUGGCCUAUGAUUGUUCGGGUGCCGUGCUGCUAAUGGGAACCAUUUUUGGUGGACUGAUAACUGGAACAUGCUCUGGUGUUUGGGCAUGGAUUAAGUGGCGUGACAGGGCUUUUAUGAUUGGGUCCACAUCUGUGCUCAUGGGGAUGAUAUUGGUUGGAGUGGCUAUGGUAGUGGUGGAAAGUGCUGUUACAUCCAUAUAUAUCUGCUAUGCAGAGGACCCUUCAUUGAUUCAGAGAUGGGACUCCGAGUUUUUCAACCAGAUGUCUGAGACACUACAUCAGCGACUUCAACAUAGGAGUUCACGUGCAAGGGAAGUUUUAACCCACAAUCAGCUUGAUGCUGUUAUAGGAGAAAAUGCCUCAGUUUGAGGAAUCACUUCAUGUUAUUCUACUUGCCAUUUUCGAUUCAUGUUUAUUUCUAUGUAUGGAAAUACAUUAGAAAAUCUGUAAAUAUGGAUCUAACACAGAAGCUACCUUGAGGGAAAUAUAGAUUUAUCGACAUUUAAA